AUGGAGACCCAGAUAUUCCAGAAGAUCCCCAGCUUACAGGUAAUUAUCUGCCGCCACUGCCGGCAAGGGGUCCGACCAGCCGAGAUUGAGCAGCAUUUAAAGAAGCAACACCAGCUCCCGCAUGCAGACGCACAUGUCAUCAGCGAGGCAAUCCAGCAAUGGGAUGGGAUCCAGCAGGAUUCCCAAGCAAUUCAGAUUCCAUAUGAACUUGACGAGCCGCUGCCCAUCCUGCCAUGCGAGCCCAAUGGCUUGCAGUGCUGCCGGCUGGACCCACCAUGCCAGUACCUGGUGUCCUCCAUGAAGGCCAUGCGGAAUCAUUGGCGGGAUGUUCAUGGCUGGUCCCAGUACUGCCACGGUGGCCGAGCAAGGCAGGCACAGCAAGCAGCAAGCCAAGCUGAGCUGCAACAGUCAUUCCGGUGUGUCUCCUGGCAGCAGGUAUUCCGUGGGGGGAAAGGCUCCCAUUAUAUAUAUAUCCGCUUCCCGGACGGGCGCGCCGAGCCCCCACCCCCCACCACGCAGAUCCAGCAGGCUGUGGAUCAGAUGUACAUGUCAUGGCAAGAACAGCAGGAGAAGCAGCGGCGGGAGCGUGUGGUCCAGGCGGGCGAGAUCAACGAUGCCAACCCGUGGCUGCGGUUAACACGGUGGGCCGAGUACCUGCAGGGGGUGGACCCGGCCGACUUGAUCAGUAUUUCCAGCGUGGGCCAUAUCGACAAGAGUUUAACUGCAGUUGAAAGGGUUGAUACUGAGCCAGUGGUCCAGGUGCUGCAGGCCACCAUGGCCCAACUGGUCCAGAAGAGCCAGCAGACUGUGCAGCACUGCGGGCAUGCCAUCCGGAUCGAGGCUGUGCGCACGGAGACCAGCCAGACGCCGCACCGCCCGCUGAUGGCGUACAUGAACCCGGAGCAGAUCCAGAAGCAUAUCCAGCCAUGGCAGCAGGUGCUGGGGUUUAUUGCCCGCACGCAGACGGACUGGCCGUGGAAAGGCCAGAAGCCGGAGUACGGGAUGACCGCGCGGCAGCGGCGCUACUGGCAGCGGCUGUGGGGGUUGGCCCAGCAGGCAGCGGACGAGCGGGCCAGCCCGGAUCCCAUGGAGAUGGACGCAGAGGCGGAGGCGGCAUCCACAUGGGAGAUGACGGUGAUUGAGACCGCAUGCUUGGAGUUUUGCAUUGAGCUGCUCAAUCAGCGGUACCGCACGCAGGAAUACGAGAGCCCGCUGGUGUGUGCCAUGGCGGUGCUGGGCCGGAGCGAGAAAGGCUGGCGGGAUGCCGACAGUUACCCGCCGAUUUUAUCCCGGGUGAUCAAGAUCGCGCGGUUUUUACUGGUGCAGAAGGCGCUGUGGAUGGACCCGGACGCGCUGGGGAUCAUUGCACUAUGGCAGUCCCAUACCGUGGCCCCCGGGCUGCUGGCCACGGCCGAGGAGGACUUGUAUGACAUUGAUGAAGGAUUCACCGAGGCCAGCCAGCCCAUGAUGCCGUCAUCGCCCCCGUCAUCGGUCCACAGCGGGGACGGUAUCCCGAUGGCCCGGGUCCCCCGCCCCGGCCGCAAGCCGCUCCAGGAUUGUGUGGAAUGGAUGGUGCGGCGGUUCAUGGUGCGCGGGACGCACGGGCCCAUGCAGACGCUGCUGGACUGGCGCACGUACGGGCUGAAGAUCCACUACAACACCACGGCGCCGGGGCAUGUGACGUGGAUGGGCCAGGAGCGGUUGCUGUACCAGCAGGUGCAGUUCACAAUGGGCGAGUUCCGGGGGUUCGUACAUGGGCUGGUGGGUGCCACCCGGACACUGCUGGGCGAGCUGCUGCAGGAGGCCGACUUAGGGUUAGGGUUACCGGCCAUCCCAUGGGACCGGCUGUUUGACGACCCGGCCGAGCAGACGCCCGGAUGGAGCUUCCUGCGGGAUCGCCGGACCCCGUGGCCGGUAGACGGUGCGCGGUGGAUGGUGGAGCGGCUGCGGGGGGAGCCCGGGGUGCAGCGGCAGGUGAUGACCCGGGGGGCGUUCCACCCGCGCAAGAUCCGGCAGUACCUGCAGCGGGUGGCCCGAUUUUUGGAGAAGCUGGCCGUGGCCGUCCAUUUGACCGGGGGGGCCCCCGCGCGGGCGCCCGAGUUGCUGAGCACCCAGCAUGUCAACACCGAGACCAACCAGCAGCGGAAUAUAUAUAUCGAGGAUGGGUUGGUGGUGUUGGUCACGGCAUACCACAAGGGGUUUUACGCGAGCAACGAUACCAAGGUGAUCCAUCGAUAUUUGCCGCGGGAGGUCGGCGGGCUGGUGGUAUAUUAUUUAUGGUUGGUCCGGCCGUUUGUCCAGCAACUGGCGUGGCAGCUGGCGCGGGCAGGUGAGGGUUUAACUGCAGUUAAUGACCCCCAGGCGGACCAGCCCGGCCAUUGCUUUACUGCAGUUAACCAUUCCCACACCGACCAUGGCUUUACUACAGUUAAACCUCCCCGCCCAGCCAUGGAUGACACCCAGCCAGACGACCCAGGGUUCGGGUUCCCCCCGGUGGAACGACGUGGGCUCAUGCUCGAGACCAUUAGCAGCCCAUAUAUCUGGGGUUGCGACGUGGGCAGUGGCCGGGAAUGGAGCAGUGAGCGGCUGCGGGAGGUGCUCAAGCGGGAGACACGCACCGGGCUGGGUACGGCCAUGACUGUGGCUCAUUACCGGGAUAUUGCCAUUGGGAUGAGCCGGCGGUUUUUACGGCCAUCCAGUGCAUUCCCCAACAACAUCCAGCAGGAGCAGGCGGCGGAGCAGGAACUGGCCGCCAGCGGGGAGGACCCGGAUGACUAG